UGGAUCUCUUGUUGGGCCUGUAUUUCCACCGUUUCUUUGUUUCUACUUAAUAUUCUGUGUUAGUUCUCAGGUUUCAUUAGCAAUAGCAAUGGGAGAAGAAAACACAACAGAGAACAGGUCUAGUACCAAGGGUUCGUCAAAAUUCGCCGAUCAAAAUCAGAAUCUGAAGCUUCAAAAUGCGAAAGGAAAUUCGAAUCACUCGAAACCUAGGUUAGCAUCUUCCUGGGGAGCACACAUUGUGAAAGGCUUCACCGCAGAGAAGAAAACAAAACCGCAGGCGACAGUUGCGAACAAGAAGCAACCUCUAGCGAAUUCAGUAGCAGUGCCUGCUCAUUCAAGAGUCAAGAGGUCUCUCAACAGUGAUUUGUCGUGCCCAAUGAAUGUUGCUCGGGUGUAUCCGAAUCUGACGCAUCGGAGACAGUCGUCGACGGAUUUGUUUACUGAGUUGGAUCAUAUGAGAAGCCUUCUUCAAGAAUCGAAGGAAAGAGAAUUGAAGCUGCAAGCAGAGCUGUCUAAAUGUAAGACAAAUCAAAAGGAGCUUGAAGAGGAGAAAACUAAGCUUGCUGAGCAGUUAGCUGCUUUAACAACAUGCGUUUCAGAAAGACAUGAAGAACAAGAAGUGAAAGGCAAACACAAGGAUUGUACUCAGAAUCUUGAGCUUGAGGUCGUUGAAUUGAGGCGAUUGAACAAGGAGCUACAGAUGCAGAAAAGGAACCUCACGUGCAGACUCUCUUCUUUGGAGUCUCAGAUGCCCUGUCUUGCUAAAUCUUCAGAGAGUGAUAUUGUAGCGAAAGUCAAAGCCGAGGCAUCAUUGCUCAGACUAACAAAUGAAGAUCUAUGCAAGCAAGUAGAAGGUUUACAAAUGAGCAGGUUAUCUGAGGUUGAAGAACUUGCCUACCUUAGGUGGGUAAAUUCAUGCUUAAGAAACGAGUUGAAGAAUUCAUCAUGCUCAACGCCUGAUUCUGUCAAUAAGCCUUCCUCAAGCCCUCGCUCAUUUGAGAAUAAUGUAAAUAGUUUCGAUUCAAUCAAGAAGCCCAAGAAAUGGCCCAUAAGUAGCGACCAUUUGUCACAAAUAGAAGAAUGCCCAAAUAGUCAUAUUGGGAGAAGCCCCAAAAGAAGACACUCUAUAAGUGGAUCAUCAAAUUGUUCUGAGGAAGACACUGUAUUGAGUAAGAGGAGACAAUCUGAUUAUUUCCUAUGUACAAAAGAAAUGCAAAAACAAUCUGAUUUGGAGAUUGUCCAAAGGCCACAAUGUUUUGGGAACUUCCAAGAAGCUAACAAACUUUUGGUUUCUUCAGAUGUUGAGAAGAGGGCCUUGCGUAUUCCUAAUCCUCCUCCAAGGCCUUCUUCAUAUUGUAUAUCUAGUAUUUCAAAACAAGAAAAUACUAGUCAAGUUCCACCUCCACCACCACCUCUACCUCCUCCACCACCGCCUCCGAAUUUCACACAGAGGAGUAGUAACACUGGAGGGAUGGUGAAACGAGCUCCACAGGUAGUGGAAUUGUACCAUUCGCUUAUGAAGAGAGAUUCUAGAAAGGAUUCUUCAAAUGGAGGACUUUCUGAUGCAGCAGAUGUUGCUGAUAUUCGUAGCAGCAUGAUUGGAGAAAUCGAAAACCGCUCAUCACAUUUGCUUGCUAUAAAGGCAGAUGUUGAGACACAAGGAGAAUUUGUAAAGUCAUUGAUUAGAGAGGUAAACAAUGCAGUUUAUCAGAACAUAGAAGAUGUAGUGGCAUUCGUGAAAUGGCUGGAUGAUGAACUCGGCUUCCUUGUUGACGAGAGAGCAGUCCUAAAGCAUUUUGAUUGGCCAGAAAAGAAAGCUGACACAUUACGAGAAGCUGCCUUUGGAUAUAGAGAUCUGAAAAGAUUGGAGACUGAAGUGUCCUCUUACAAGGAUGAUCCGCGGCUCCCUUGUGAUAUUGCUCUAAAGAAAAUGGUUGCAUUAUCAGAAAAGAUGGAACGAACAGUUUAUAACCUUCUUCGCACAAGAGACUCUUUGAUGCGUAAUUGCAAGCAGUUCCAAAUUCCCAUAGAAUGGAUGCUUGACAAUGAAAUCAUCGGCAAGAUAAAGCUAGUCUCAGUUAAACUGGCAAAGAAGUAUAUGAAAAGGGUGGCUAUGGAACUUCAAGCCAAGGCAUCAACAGAAAAAGAUCCUGCAAUGGACUACAUGCUUCUCCAAGGAGUGAGAUUUGCUUUCAGAAUCCAUCAGUUUGCAGGGGGAUUUGAUGCAGAAACAAUGCAUGCGUUUGAAGAACUUCGCAACCUUGCAUGUUUGCUUAACAAAGCGUAAGAGAAGGGGACAUGUGGAUAUGUUGCUUACCUUAUCCGCAAACAGGACAUACAUUUUGAUGUAUUUCAUUUUGAAGGGGUUUUGGGAUGUACUUGUGAAUUCAGUGUCUAGAUUACCCACACAAAACUGAGUCACAAUCACAACUUGGUUUUACCCAAUUGGGCAAAGGUGGACUUGUUAUAACCAGACAAGAAGCAGGGAGGGUAACAACUUGUAAAUCCGACUCGUGAUAGCAACCCCUUUUGACAGCUACUCUUAUUUUCCCUCUAGUGAUUCAAAGAGGACACAACUCUAGAACUUAGGACUCUGACGAUUAGGCAAUGCUGUUUGUAGCAACUCUUUCUGAAAUGUCUUAACGACCGUUGAUAAAUCGUUACCCUCCAUACUUCUUAUUAGGUUAUAUCUAGUCCACUCUUGGUGGAUUAGGACCCAAAUCUAAUUGAGUAAACCAUCUCCUGAUUGUGUCUCAUUUCAUACAAGCAAUUCAGAUUUUAUGUUAGAAACUAUCAAAAUCAUAAUUAUUUUGGAGGUAAGUAACUAGUUGUUACCACCAAAACUAUGAUUUUAAUGAUAUCUAACACAACGAAACACGUUACGAAAAUUUGCGGGCUGGUUUAUGUUCUCAUAAAUAGGCAAAAUUUUGUUUUAGAAUUGGUCCACCACAAGUGUUGAUUGGAAAUUUGCUGUGAGAUUAUCGUGGCCUUUUAGAAUGACUAUUAAGUUGUGCAACACCAAGGGGUGGAUUUGGUCAAGUGUGCUUUUUGGUUUUAGUUUUCGUUGUAUGCUCA